GGAUUCUGCUCCGGAGAUCCAGUGGGCUACGAUCCGCGAUCUAACUAGUUAGUGUGUGCACUCCGGGCUUGACUCUCGCGCGAAACGUUUGCCUCGUGCUUGAAUUCGUAUUUUAUCACCCACUAUUACUACAAUCACAUCGUAACAAUUAUCGUUAGUACGUUUCCGGUUAAUGAUGACGAUGUCAUGCAAGUUUUUAAGUGACACUAGUGCUUGAUUUUGACGCUUGUGUAUGUGGACUGUGUGAAUUUUCUUAGUUGCAAGGACAUCCCUCAGCUUUGAGGGAUUUUUAUUGGGUUGCCAAAAUUAACGCUACAAUAAUGAACUCUUACUUCGAGCAGAGCGGGUUCUACGGGCCCCAUCAUCACCAAAGCUCCGGCUCCGUGGCCGGGGCGCAUCACCACGACCAUCAGAGUGCUGCCGCAGCUGCAGCCUACAGAUCAUUCCCGCUCAGCUUGGGUAUGCCUCCUUACACGUCCAGCCAGCACCACCACGCGCACUCCUUGCACCAAGCUAGGCCGCCCCAGGACUCCCCGUACGACGCUUCGGUAGCAGCAGCUUGCAAAUUGUACUCUUCUUCUACAGAAUCCCAACAGAACUCGGUGAACUACAGCACGUCGAAAUCGGAUUGCUCCAAAGGUAACGCUGAUCAAAAUGGAUACGCUGCCGUUGUAGCCGCGGCAGCGGUAAAGGACGUUUGGCAAAGUGCUACUACAGGCGGGGGGGCUAGUCUUUCGAAUACCUUGGGGGGUCCUGUGAGGCCUGCCGCGUGUACCCCUGACUCUAGAGUGGGAUACGGUACUUCCGUGGGGCUCGUUGGAGGAGACCCUUCCUCAAGUCCUGGAGCGGCAACCGCAAGAACCGGAAAUUCUUUGUCAUCUUGGAACAACCCCUGUUCGUUGAACACCAGCUCGUCCCAACCAGUUGGUACCCAGAUUCAUCAGCAGACGAACCACACAUUCUAUCCCUGGAUGGCAAUAGCAGGAGCAAAUGGACUCAGACGAAGAGGACGUCAAACGUAUACCCGGUACCAGACCCUCGAACUGGAAAAGGAGUUCCACACGAACCAUUACCUCACCCGGCGGAGGAGAAUAGAAAUGGCGCACGCGCUUUGUUUGACGGAGCGACAGAUAAAGAUCUGGUUCCAAAAUAGGCGCAUGAAGCUGAAGAAGGAGAUCCAAGCCAUCAAAGAGCUGAACGAGCAGGAGAAGCAAGCGCAGGCGCAGAAAGCAGCGGCAGUGGCGGCGUCGAGCGUCACUCAGAUGGACCAGAAUUAGUGGAUAAGUGAGGAAUUUUUGGAGGAGCAGCAUCUCCUGCAGACUUAAGGUGAAUAUUUUGCCUGAGUAGAAGAGUAGUUGCUUUUUUGGCGUUCAAAGAAUUGUCAUGAAGUGAGGCAUAUUAUAAUUUACUUGUAAUUUGUUAUGUGGUUGUAUAUUUUGGAUUUGAAUCAUAUUUGUUAUGCAUUGAUUCGGGAGAGAACCUAAAAAAAAGUUUAGAAAAAAACUCUCUCAAAGAUCUUCAAUUUUAUAUCUACCUCUUCAUAGUCGUUCAAAGAGAACUGUAUUGAAAUUAAUGUGCCCAACAAUAAAGAUGAAACAAACAACUAUAAUUAACUGAAAUUAGAUCGAGUGAAUAUUAUUUUCAUUUCCAAAACACACCCAAAACUCCUAAGUUAAUGUUGGCUUCAUUAGCAUGUAAUAAUAAUUGAAUUUCGCAACACUUCGUAACCUUCUUUGGACGGUAUUAUUCCUAUUUAAUCGUAAGUUCUUAUGUCUUAUAUUUUUUACCAAACGUUGACCUAUUUAUAAAAUAAUUCCAAUGCAAUGUUAUGAACAAUGUUAGUGUGUUGUUGAUAUUAAACGAAGCUGUUGAAUCUGA